CUAUAGUCACACCUUACAGCCCUUCCACAGCGUACAUGCCAAGCUGCGUACAUAUAGGGAACAUUGUUCAUUAAACGAGACCCAGACGACGCUUCUGUGUGCACACGUCCAAACUUUCCGUCUUCCUUGUGUCCAAACAGCUGUCGCCACGGCAACCGUAUGUAACGACGUCGCUCUCAGCCAUUUUAUUCAGAUACGUCUCAGCAGACAUCGGGGGCACCAAUUACAACGACACUGGAACACAUCACCGCCCGUUGAAGAGUCAAACGAUGAAGGCCGCCACGUUAGGCCUAGCGUUUACCCUUGCGUGCACGAUUUUCAUUACAGACGCCGCGGAGCUGGGCUUCGCCGACUUUCGCAAGGGCCUUUUCAACAUCAAUCCUGGCAAGCUGACGCCUCAGUGCAAGAAAGUGAUGAAGAACUGUGUUGGGAGAAUGAUGGGCCUCAUGCGCCAGUUGGACACCUUGGGCCGCCACUGGGACGAAUUCACGCAAGUGCCGUGCGUGAAAGGUUCACUGGUGGACAAAUUCCCGGACUACUCGGUAGACUGCAGCAGAUCCGGGAAGUUCGGAAAGAGCUUGGACUGCUUCAGAAACCCAGCGACUUUGGCCGUCCUGGGACACGAGAACAGCACUCAAGUGCAGGACGCUUUCCAAUGCGUGUGGGAAAAUUCAAAGGAGUGACAUCAACCAAGUUCGGCCUUGGGCGGAAAGCUUGCGAAUAAAACAAAUGACGCACUAUACGAAGCUAGCGUGUACC